GUUAUCUCAAAUGCUAGUAGAUCUAGAUCUAUUAUAAAGAAUUUUAUACUGUACCUUUUGUGCACGCAUGAUUACGUAUUUUAAUAUACACUGACUAACAGUUACAUUUGUUUAAAAAUGGCAGCCUCCUUGAAGUCGCCAAUAGUGCAGUCUAAACAAAUUGCCAAACAAAUUUCGGAUCAUCACACAGAAGUUGUGGUCAAUAAGUUUGAAGAUCAUUUGUUUAUUAUAGCCUCACAGUACAUGAAGAUGGGCACAAUUCUUCAAGUGACCAGAGAUAUACUGACACAUGACAUUCAAGAUAAUAUUCCUAUGUUUUCUACCAAAGUAUUAUUAGGCAAAGAUGAGCCUAUAACACAUGUAAUGGCAAAAACCAUUGUGACGGCAUUGAACCCUUUAGUUCCAGUUAUAAUGUCACUGGCUAUCAAAGAUACAAGUCCAGACACAGUACAUUCUAUUACAGACAUGAUCAAAUCAUGCUUAUGACAAUUCUCAAAUUCACGUUUGUUAUUCUUUGUUUAAUAAAGAAAACAUUGAUUC